ACAUUAGGGAGAAGGAGGAGAGUCCGGAGGACAGGACUGGUUUGGCUUGUCACACACCCUCUGAGGCAGAGCAUGCAUUUCACAGACUGACAAUAUCACGGAGUUUAAAAAAGGUAGCAGCCUAAAAAAGCGCAGCUUUGGGACUGAAAAUCCAUACAUAUGGGCGGACGGGAGGACGCGAUGUUUAAAACCACCGGCUCCAGGUGGCUGCUGCCUGUCAGCGCUACAGUGGGUUUGUCUCUGGACCAGGUGAACUUCCUGGCCUGCCAGCUGUUUGCCCUCGUUGCUGCCUUCUGGUUUCGUCUCUGCCUCAGUCCUAACCAUGCAAGCCCCGCGGUCCGACAUAUGGUUGCCACACUCUUUGGAAUCACCUUUCUCCUCUUCUGCUUUGGAUGGUAUUCAGGUCAUAUCCUGGCUGUGGUGGCUGUAAACUAUUUACUCAUCUUGAAAGGUGACAUCAACAACGUACACAGGUACUCCAUGGUGACAGCAAUGGGCUAUCUGACAGUUUGCCACGUGAGCCGAGUCUUCAUCUUUAACUACGGCAUUCUUUCCACGGACUUCUCCGGGCCCCUGAUGAUUGUAACCCAGAAGAUAACAAUGCUGGCCUUCCAGCUGCAUGACGGCAUGUGUAAGAAAAGUGAACAGCUGACAGUGGAACAGAACCACUUGGCUAUACGAGUGAGGCCGUCUCUCAUGGAGUAUCUGAGUUAUAACCUGAACUUCCUGAGCGUCUUGGUCGGGCCUUGCAGCAACUAUAAGGAAUACAUCGACUUCAUAGAGGGCAAACACAUCAGCUGCAGGUUAAAGCAGCACCCUGGAGCGUGUAAUGGGCAGAACGGCCAUGACAAGACACCGGACCUGUCCCCUCUGGGCGCAGUGUGUAAAAAGCUGCUGGUUUGCUCCGCCUGCAUGUCCUGCUUCCUUUUUAUCACCCGCUCGUUGCCCAUUAAUUAUAACAUAGAUGACCACUUUGUCAGCCAUGCCUCCUUCCUCACCCGGCUCACAUAUGCUUUCUUCUCCAUACAAGCUGCAAGACCCAAGUUCUACUUCGCCUGGACGCUUGCUGAUGCUGUAAAUAAUGCAGCAGGUUAUGGUUUUCUGGGGAUAGAUGAGAGUGGAAGACCCUCCUGGGACCUCAUUUCCAACCUCAACAUUAUAGGGAUUGAGACAGCGACCAGCUUUAAGACCUUCAUCGACAACUGGAACAUUCAAACAGGGAUUUGGCUCAAAACAGUUUGUUAUGACCGAGCUCCAAAGCAUCGUUUGGCGCUGACCUUCCUGCUGUCUGCUCUGUGGCAUGGCGUGUAUCCAGGCUACUAUUUCACCUUCAUCACUGCCAUCCCUAUCACCAUAGCAGCGAGAGCUAUCCGGAGGUCUAUCAGACACUACUUCACUGGCUCUAGAGCGCUGAAGCUUGGGUACGACGUUGUGACGUGGGCAGCGACCCAGCUGGCCAUCGGCUACACUGUCAUGCCUUUUCUUCUCCUCUCAGUGGACCACACUUUAAUUUACUACAGAUCGAUGUACUUCCAUGUCCACAUCAUCAGUAUUCUGGCCGCAGUCGCCCUGCAUCGGAAACAGAAACCCAGAGACCCCUCUGCCACCAAGUUGACUCCCCCCUCCUCCUCUUCUUCCUCCUCCUCAGCUCAGUGCCAGCCUGUUCCCUCCAACAACAAUGACAAAAUCAACUGAAACCCUCCUCACAGCGUUUUUAACCAGGCUGGGAGUUUUCUUGGAGAGAGCUCUGCCUGCUGAAAGUUUGAACCAAACACUAUUUAUUUUCCUGUCAGAACACAGAAGAUUCCUCCUAUGAUGGGAACCUUCAGACAUGUUGGAGGAUGAGGAGUCACACAGACUGUAAGGAGGACCUCUGACAUAAUGUCUCCCCUCCCAUACCCCCCUCACUCCCUGCCACCCAUCUGAACCCCAGCGGCUGCUUCAGCAGCAAUACCCCGAUAUCAGAAGAUAAAACGGAUCUCUCUUUCCUUUUUGUCUCGCCUCCCCGGGCGGCUGGAUGGGAGCCAGCAGAGUGGGAGACGACCCAAACACACAGACUCGUCUAUAAACAGACACAAGGAAGUAAAUAUGCACAUUCUCCUCCGACAUGCUUGCACUCGGUCACACUGUGGUGCCACACAAAGGCUGCCCUGUGAGUUCACAAAGGAGAGG